UCUGUUGGUUUUCUAUUCUCUACUCGGCACGCAGUUCUUGCAAAACUCGUUGAAUCAAAGGUGCUUUCGAACAGCGGACAAGCAACUUGCUUAUCCCAUGCGCUUUUGUGACUAAAAGCUGCUGGCGGCUACGUAUGUCUACCUUUCAGAACUGUAUGACAUACGAGAAUCCCAACCAUGGAGCGACAACUUUUGAUUAUCUCUGGUAUUCGCUGCUUACCAUGUUUCAGGUGAUAACUUUGGAAGGAUGGAGCCUCGUCAUGCAUGAUGUGAAGGAUGCUGAAGGGGAGCGAGCCAAUACUUACUUUAUGACGUUAACUGUUCUGGGUACAUAUUUCCUGGCGAACGUUUUCAUCGCCGGUAUCAGUGGUGUAUUUCUUCGUGUUCGAUCAGAGCAUCAGGCUUUGCUGAGGAAAGCCCGUAGAACCUCGGUGUCCUUUUACGAUGCAACGAUGAUGGCACAAGUGCUGAAAGACAAUAUCGUCAAAGCCGACUCGCACAUGCCAUGGUAUAACCGCUUACUCGACAGGUCAAGAAAGGUGCAGCAGAAUGUCGCGAGAGCAUAAAAUCGGACACGGACCUCCCGGCGGACUGCCCUUCAAGCCAGAUCAAUGAGAGUGCGGUCCAGUAGGUCUUUCAGUCGAAGUAUGACGUUAGGAGUUCAAGCAGCGUUGACAGUUUCCGAAAAA